AUGGGUGCCCGCGCCAGAAGACCGCAGUCGCCCAAGAACCGACCGCCUCCCCUUUCGCUGAAAGGAGAGAAUGCGAACGGCAAGAUGAGCAACGGUGUUGAGAUGCGGCGCAAAGCCGCCAACCACGACUCGGAUAAUGUGGCGAAGAACUUCAUCUCUCGGGAGAGCUUCUCCCUCGACGAACCCGUCCCGAAAACCCCCGUUUCGAGCGACCACGGCUUCUUCGAGUUGCCUCGGCAGGAUCAGCGGAACUUCCUCCUCUUAGUCUUGCUUUACUUCCUACAAGGCAUCCCAAUGGGCUUGGCGAUGGGCUCUGUGCCCUUUCUGCUCAAGAACCACAUGUCAUAUGGCGAAAUCGGAACGUUCAGUCUGGCAUCCUACCCCUAUUCGCUGAAGCUAUUCUGGAGCCCUUUCGUCGAUGCGGUGUGGAGCCCCAAGAUUGGCCGCAGGAAGACGUGGAUUGUGCCCAUUCAGCUCUUGUCGGGCAUUGGCAUGCUCUGGCUGGGCUCGCACGUCGAAAAGAUGAUGGAGACGACCGGCAAGCCUGGCGGCCCGACAGUCUGGAGCUUCAUGCUCUGGUGGUUCUUCCUCGUCCUCAUGUGUGCGACGCAGGACAUUGCUGUCGAUGGCUGGGCGCUUACGCUGUUGACCCCGGCAAACGUCUCCUAUGCAUCCACAGCCCAAACAGUUGGCUUGACCGCGGGGCACUUCAUGUCAUACACCGUGUUUCUGGCAUUGAACGCCAGUGACUUUGCGAACAAAUGGAUCAGGUCUGUUCCGUCCGAAGAGGGCUUGGUGUCUCUCGGCGGUUAUCUCACCUUCUGGGGCUGGGCGUACAUUGCCGUCACCAUUGGACUCGGCUUGUUGAAGCGCGAAGAGAAGUCGCAGAACGAGGACGGCGUGUGGGAUGUCUACAAGAUCAUGUGGGGCAUCCUCAAGCUCAAGAACGUUCAGACCAUCAUCAUUGUUCAUCUCAUUGCCAAGAUUGGCUUCCAGGCCAAUGAUGGCGUCACCAAUCUCAAGCUCCUGGACAAGGGCUUCGGCAAGGACAACAUGGCACUGACGGUGCUCAUCGACUUUCCGUUUGAGAUCGGACUUGGCUACUACGCAGGCAUGUGGUCGCAAAAGUACACGCCAAUGAGACUGUGGUGCUGGGGUUUCAUGGGACGGCUUGUUGCGGCCAUGAUUGCUCAGUUCACGAUCGCCAUCUUCCCCAGCAAUGGGGUGACAACGUGGUACCUGCUCCUCGUCAUCGGGGAGCACGUUUUCUCGACAUUCACAAACACGAUCAUGUUUGUUGCUGUGUCUGCGUUCCACGCCAAGGUGUCGGACCCGGUUAUCGGUGGCACCUAUAUGACUCUGCUCGCAACUGUCUCGAACCUCGGAGGGACCUUCCCACGAUACUUUGUGUUGAAGCUUGUGGAUGACUUCACCGUUGCCACAUGCCAUCCGAAUCUGUCUGUCGAUCACUCCAAAGUCAAGGGUCCGCUCAUCACGGAGGCCUUCUCCUGUGCGGUGCAGGCCGAAAAGGAGCGCUGUGACAACGGAGGCGGCUCGUGUGUCGUGACGCGGGAUGGCUACUACAUGGUCAACAUGCUGUGCGUCGCCUUCGGCCUUUUCACGCUCUUGUGGUAUAUCAAGCCCAAGGUGCUGCACCUGCAAAGCCUGCCGCUGCGCGCCUGGAGAUUAUCGCCGAACAAGCAAUGA